AUGGGCGGAGGUGGAAAGAUCCCGUAUCCCAAAGAAGUUUGGUCCCCCGCUGGUGGUUGGUACGCCCAGCCAGCUAACUGGAGGGCCAACACCGCGAUCAUGGGCGCUUUUGUGAUCGGUAUUGCUGCAGUUGCCUUCAGUAUCAGUGCCGAGCGGGAGCACCGUGACAAGAUGCCCGAGCCCGGCCGUUUCUUCCCUAGCCGAUACUGGAGCAAGCAAAUUCGGGAACAUGAGGCACAGCAAGCCGCAAAGAGCGACUCAUAA